CGUUAUCCAUGUGCCAACAUAAAGAAACAAUAUAAAACCUCUAUCUUUUAUCAUGCUUCUACCUGGCCUUUCUUUUCCUCCAUUUUCCUUCUAUUUUGUUUCUAUCAGUAUAAUAAAGGAACUUGUCAGUCCAUCACCAUGAUACUUCCAUCCAAGUUUCAAGAUGAAACUGAAAAAAGUGACAAACCUUCACCACCUUUGGAUGUUUCGGUUGCAUUCCCUCAAGCAUCUCCAGCAUCUGUUUUUCCUCCGUCUGUUUCUGAUUAUUAUCGAUUUGAUGAUCUAUUGAGUCCUGAGGAGAAGACUCUCCGAAUGAAAGUAAGAGAGUUUAUGGAAAAAGAAGUAGCUCCUAUAAUGGCGGAGUAUUGGGAGAAGGCAGAGUUUCCAUUCCAAAUUCUUCCAAAACUUGCUGAUCUUGGAAUUGCUGGCUUUAAUACCGAGGGUUAUGGAUCCCCUGGUCUCUCCAUCACUACUAGUGCUAUUGCAAAUGCAGAGAUUGCUAGAGUUGAUGCAAGUUGCUCUACAUUUUUAUUGGUGCAUUCUGUAGGCAUGCUUACAAUUGCAUCAUGUGGGUCAGAGGAACAGAAGCAGAAGUAUUUACCUUCUUUGGCACAGUUAAAGACGAUAGCUUGUUGGGCUUUGACUGAGCCUGAAUAUGGAAGUGAUGCUAGUGCUGUUAAUACAACUGCAAGAAAGGUAGAGGGAGGUUGGAUAAUUGACGGACAAAAACGCUGGAUAGGAAACAGUACUUUUGCUGAUGUGUUGGUUAUUUUUGCCAGGAAUAUCACAACCAAUCAGAUAAAUGGAUAUAUUGUUAAGAAGAAUUCCCCUGGACUGAAAGCUACAAAAAUAGCAAACAAGAUUGGAGUGCGAAUUGUGCAAAAUGGUGAUAUUCUCUUAAAGAAUGUCUUUGUUCCUGAUGAGGACCGAUUACCUGGUCUAAACUCAUUUCUAGAUACAAACAAGGUACUGGCUGUUUCACGAGUAAUGGUUGCAUGGCAACCUAUUGGCAUAUCAAUGGGUGUCUAUGACAUGUGUUUGAGGUAUCUGAAGGAGAGGAAACAGUUUGGAGCUCCAUUGGCAGCAUUUCAACUUAACCAACAGAAACUUUCUCUAAUGCUAGGUGAUAUUCAAGCAAUGACCCUUGUUGGUUGGCGCCUUUGCAAAUUGUAUGAUAAGGGUAAAAUGACUCCUGGUCAUGCUAGCUUGGGAAAGUCAUGGAUCACAUUGAGGGCAAGAGAGACAGUCGUGCUUGGGAGGGAAUUACUUGGUGGCAAUGGAAUUCUGGCUGAUUUUCAUGUUGCAAAGGCAUUCUGUGAUAUGGAACCCAUUUAUACAUAUGAAGGCACGUAUGAUAUCAACAGCUUGGUAACUGGUAGGGAAAUCACUGGUUUUGCCAGCUUUAAGGCACCUGAGAUGAGCAAGCACAGCCGCCUGUGAUCCUGGACUUUCUUCUCUAUUCUAGGAGGAGAUUUCUUCAGUUACGGGAAAAAGAAGGCUUUGAAUUAGCACUUGUGAAUAGGUGAAGGGAAAUGAAUAUUAUGAGCUCUAAUGUCCAAUUUAUUUGGGAUCUGAAUAAAUUUACGUAGCUUCUCUGUAAAAAGCUUGUUUAGAGAAUAAUGAAGCGAUUAUAGUGUAUUAUAUGUAGUAAUAAUGGAUAAUAUUAUUUUAUCAUUUUUAAUAAUUGAAUCAUUAAUUGAUAAAUUUAUAUAA